AUAUAUUCACAAUGUAUUUCAGUACCCACCUUUCUACCUGCUGUCGUAAAACGUGUCUCACAAGCAGUUUUAGCAUUUUCGUACAUUUAGAUUUUAGAAUUAGGCUUUUACAAGACUGGUUAUAAAAAUACAUAAACACUGGACAGUCGCAAGAAACGAAGGAAGAGGCAAAAGGCGGCAGAAGAGAAAGAGAAGGAAAGGAAAAGAGACAUGCCUAACAAAAAAUGUGCCUCCCCUCCACCCACUAAUACAGACUUAGUUUCUUUAUAACUUUCAGAAAAAUGGAUAUUUCUGAAUGAAAUUUCCUACAAAUAUCUUUCAGAUGUUGUAGAUUCCAAUUAUAUCACAAUUUAGUUCUAUAUUUAAGAGAUGAGGAACUAUGUACAUUAUUUACAUUAUUUACGAUUGACGGAUAUUUGUCCUCAUCUUGUUUGUUGUUAACACAGCGUUUCGGCUGAUAUACCCUCCAGCCUUCAUCAGGUGUCUUGGCGAAAUUUCGAACCUGGGUUCUCAUUCCUAAGAUAAAUCUGCUGCAAAAGUGCGUCCAUGGAACAACGUAUUAAGAAACACCGCUGAUAGAAAAAAGAGUUUUUCUAAUUUAUUUUGGAUUUAAUGUUGACAUAACUGAAUUCAAGGGAAUGUGUAACCUCGCGAUGCUGCAAAGCCUGAACCUUACCCGAAAAUCUACUGUUUUCAUUACGGUGAAUAUUUUAUCUUUGACAUUGUUAUGCCUAUAUUACACCGAGUGGUAUGACAUGUUAGAAAUUGGUAGCUUUUGGAAAUCAAGCGAAAGAAGCAACAGAGGAUCAUAUAAAGAAUUCUGGGUGUCAUUCCCUGCAUUGCGAAACUUUAAACUUGAAGACAAUACUGGUGGAGAAUUUGGUCUGUUUCCUCUUUCUGAAAAUUAUAUUGCACUGCUCAAUAUUUCAAAUUUCACUAUUUCUAAAGCUUUCUUGCCUGCCAUGACUGACAAAGAAAAAUUGGUGUCUCUGUACGUUUUCCAAAAUUUUAUCAAUGGUUGUAACCAGAAUAAUAUCACUUUCUUCAUCCAAGGUGGCACUUUGUUAGGAGCCUAUCGUCAUCAUGGCUAUAUACCGUGGGAUGAUGACAUUGACGUCUAUGUGGAUCAUGAAGACAAACAAAAAUUAUACAACUUGAGUUCCAUGGGACAAGGUUUCAAUAUAUGCAGCUACGAACAUUUUCAGUGGAAAUUUUACAAUUCACGUACACCUGCCCUAUUAAAUUAUAAAUAUCGAUGGCCAUUUAUCGAUAUAUUUUUCUAUAAAGUAUCUAAUGACAUUGUCUAUGACGUCACAUACAGGUCAAAAAAGCGCAUAUUUAACUCCCACGAUGUAUUUCCUUUAAAGGGUCACGCUUUUGAAGGGGCUUUUUUACCUGGGCCAUGUAAUGUUUUAAAGAGCAUAAAUUCUUGGAAUGGUGUGAAUCAAAGUUUCUGUUACUCGGGUUCCUAUGCCCAUAAAACAGAAAGCAGUAAAGGAAAAACCUACAUAGAUUCAGUAGCAUGUAAUGAAUUAUAUCCGGUAUACCCGUUUGUUUUCCGUUCCCCCUCCAACAGUUCAGAUGAGACUCAAAUUGAACAGUUAAAAUUAGGCAACACAGUUUUGCAUAAACUGGUUGUAAAUAGUAGUUGUUCAUACUAUUAUCGCAAUUUAACGCUACGACUAUAAGAGAAUCAUUGUUAUACACACACA